AUGUCAGUCGUCCCUGAGAAGUCGGAUGGCUACCCGCUUGGCACAGACGAGGGCGUGAUGCCGAAGGUCACAGAGACUACCCGUAGAGAUCCCAAGCCUCACUGGAGCCACGUGGUCAAGUCCGAGAACGCAGACUUGAAGGUUGAAAACCGUGAGCUCAAGCAGUUGGUGCUUCAGCUGAAGGGUCGUCUUCACAAACACAAGCGCCUAAGUCCCGGAGGUGAUGAUGGCGACGACAACGACGACGGAGAUGAUGACGGAGACGACGGCAGUCCCAACAGCAGUGACUUCAGUGAGCUGGACUACAUCUUCAUCACCGUUGAGUUCCCCUCCCCGCACUUCAAUAUCAAGCGCGAGGUCUACUUCGUUCACAAGCACUCCACCGUGUCUGACCUGAAGCUCAAGAUCCUUGGUCAUUGUGAGGUCUUCACGCAACACCCUGCUCACUUUGCGUUGUUCCGUGGCGAUAUGCCGUUGGACGAUUUGGAGUUCGUCUACUUGGAGAUGAAGGAGCGUGACGUGCUGAAGUUUGAGAUGUUGACCCCCGAGUGGUACACCCCUACCAACGAGGACUUCAUCACCGUCUACGUCAAGGUCUUCACCAACACCGAGAACGACAUCCGCAAGGAGAUUGAGAUCAACAAGUUCUUUACGUGCAGGGACUUUGUCUAUUACGUGGCGGGGCUCUUUGACCUGAAGAAGUUCUACCACGGCGACAUCACCUUGAGCUGUGAUGAUACAGUGGGAGGGGGAGAUAUGAUGUUCAAUGAUCGCGACAUCCUUGACGUGAUGGAUGGCGGUUGGAAGCUUGACGAGUGGUGUGUGAAGGAUGGACACACUUUGAACAUCAAGUUUGGAGGACGUGGUGGCACUCGUGGCACAAAGCCGACGGUCAAGGACAGAGCCAACAAGCAUAAGACGAACCUCGGCAACAUCGCGCAGGGUAUUGACCGGUCUACCUUGUCUGGUGUUGGUGGUAUGGACGGGUUGGAGGAUCGUCUCAACGCUUUCGUGGUGAGCGCGGAGGCGGACGCGGAACAGGCGAUCCUUCAGCACUGCGUCGGCAUGAGCCCCGAUACCAUCAACCGCAUGUAUGACAUGGCUUUUGGCAAAGGUGGCACCAACGAGGGCAAGAUUGACGACAUCUCCUUUCACUUCUUCGGGCUGGGCAGUAUGAAGGCUACGAUCGGUAUCAACCUUGCUGUUGCCAACCUCGGCGCUACCGGAUUGGUGGGCUUCAAGAAAGUCAUGGAGCGUGUGAAGUUCAUCAAGAUGGGAGAAACGACGAGAAGCACAUCAUCAAUCCUCGGUGUCUACCAUACCGCCGUGAACACGCUGAUCCACCUCUACCUCUGCCAGUGCCUUGGUUAA